UUCCACCGCCAUCGACCGCCUUUUUCCCUCUCGUUCGUUUGGGCGUGGAUCCUCCGCUGUGCACGCGAUGCACCGUACCGUGCGGUGCAUCGCACAAGCCGUCCAUCGCAUGAUGGACGGCUGUGCGCAGCCGUGCGUGGCGAGCAUCGCGCCGGCCGCUGCGCGCGCAUCUGUGCGCGCUGUGCGCCUAGCGCCGUUCGCGAACUUAAAAAUCCCGGAUUGGGGAUUCCAAAAUGGAUCCGAUCGAGUCGGAGGAGGAGGACAAAAAUGGUGAUCGCGGCAGACAUAAGCGGAUGGACGGACCUCCUCCACUCCACCAAGCUCCUCGAGCAAGCUGUCCCAUCCGCCCGGUUCCUCCUCCUCCAGAGGAAUCUGCACCAGUUGGAGUCGCUAUCGAAGAAUCUCAAGAUCCAAACCCUCCGGGCCGAAGCCCCUUCCCAGUCCAUCUCCGCCCCCAGGCAACUUUUGAGGUUGUUUUUCAUUCGAAGGCAACAACUCUUGAGGAUUACUUGCGGCAGGUAUUCUCCAAAGGUUUGUUCUUAUAACCAUCAUAACUUGGACCAACUGCUUGGGUCUACUGGAUUAGCCCCUUUCAAGGAUUCCUGUUACUCCAAUGUUACUCAAGAUUUCAUAAAACUGUUUGCUCCAGUCCCAUCCAUCUUAACUGAGGCUUUUCCCUCCUCUUUUAUGAAACUUUCUUAUCUUGAUCAUAUUCAUCAUUUUGCUUCACCAACAUAACUAUACUACAUUGCUGUUUUAUAGUUUUUGUUUGAGUCACCAAUGCAUGCAUGGUCAUUUACUGUCAUUCAAGUAUCAUCCACUUUAUCCACACUGCUCUAAUUAUACUAGAUUCAUCUUUUUAUACUGACUUCUCUUUUCUUUUAGAUAAUAGAUAUAACAAAACUAAUCACAUCAUGAUAUGUCCAGGCCGUAAAAUGGGCUAGGGCCAGAAUUCCAUUUUCAUUUUAAUUAUGUUGCAAUUCCAUGCAGUCUGUUUUUCUUCUACUAAUCUUUUGACCCUUAUCCUGUGUACCUAAAAAGGGCAUCUCAGUGCACAAGGUUCUUGCCAUUGUGGGGUUUGAGGAGGUUAGAUGUACGUAGUCUUACCCCAGUGUGUAGAGAUGCUGUUUUCAUUUUUAGAUCCCAUGACAUCUAUGUCACAAUGGACCAAUAUUGUCCUUGUGCCAAGACCCACCUUUGUCCUUAUCCUGUAUGUAUCUGUCCCAUAUUUUUAGCUUUUUGUUUAAUCUUAUCCUAGUGCCAUUAAUUAUAUGGAUCUUUUGGCUUACGCUGUAAUACCUGUUGACACACAAUGGACAUGAGUAGCGGUAUGACAAAUGGGUAUGUCGCUGUAGGAAAAAUUUUUACAGAUACGAAGAUUUCAUAUGUAAAAACAUGUUUGCACUUGAUGAUUAUAUUGCAAAUUUGUCUAUGCCAAGUGUUGAGAAUUGUGUCCUAAAGUCAAUCAUCUAGGUUGUAGAUGAUUGUCCUCCAUACAUGUAUAUGAAUUAUAAAAUGAUAAAUGUUAUCUGGCAAGAUUCAUCAUAACGAAUACAUCUUCCUAAAUAGAACUCAUAUGUUAUGAUGAAGUCCUUAGAUCUACUUUCAAAAUGAUAAAGGAGGAUUUAU